AACUCCCAGCAGAUAUCCAACCGACCCACCUCUUCACUCCCUGCUCCCUCCCUCGACCGCCCCUGUUUUGUUGUUUGGCUAAAGAUGGCGUUAGCGGCUAACACAGGCGAUUGCAUUUUGUUUCACAAAAAUUAUUCGGCCAGUGGUGAAAAAACACUGAUCAAAUAGAGGUUUAAUUCGUCAUUUGAUGUGGCAAAAUGUGUUACAUUGAGCAAAUACACGGCCAUUACGUAGAAUAACGCUGGUUCGGCCUUCUCACGAUGUAGGCCUGUUUUUAAGGGAGUGGACCGGAGCUGUUGGGACUCCAUCUCCCGUCAGGACGUGCGGCGUCAGGUGGUACAACUUCUCCUAUUUCUUGGUAUCUGUAGUUUUCUGUAGUUUUCUGUAGACCACGCAAGAAUGUUUUUUUUUUUUGCGGAAACUUUAAAAAAACAAAAAAAUAAAUACGAACGAAGUAAUUAAGAGCACCUAUUGAUAAAGAACUUAACUAAAGUGGGGAUUUAAAGUGAAAGGACAUGUUUAAUUUGUCAGUAUUUCACUGGAAGCGCCCAGUGAUGCUCCUACAGGCUGGAUAAUUACUGUCUACACUGAGAGGAGCACAGAUUGACAUAAUUGAAGAGGGACAAUGGCAGCCUCACCUGUGCCAGGUGACUGGAAACAAUCUCGACCACCCUCCAGAGAAGGACACCCAACAUCACCAGAGUCCUCUUUGACCUGGUGCCUUGCUCACCUCUCCAAACCCGGAUCAGGGGCUGAACACCACGGGCAUGGCAAGGCUGAGUCCGGCAGUGGCAGAGAAAUGGACAAGAGGUCCAGAGUGUCUCAGUGGCGAGCCCUGGUCGCGAUCCGGACUCAGCACAUCAAGGGGGACAAGGCUGGCAUUGCCAGGUUCAGAAGUCAAGGUGGUCUCCGGCCCCUGCUGGACCUGCUCAAACACCCAGAUUGCUCCAGGAAAACCGUGGACCUGGCUCUGAGCAUCCUGGCAAACUGUUGCACCGAGCUGGAGACGCGUAUAGAGGUCCGUAAGCACGAUGGAAUAAAUAUAGUCGUGGACAUCCUGAAGAGAAAUGUGGCCCUGGAGACCGUCCAGAACCGAGCAGCCCGAGCUUUGGGAAACUUGGCCAUGGAUCCAGAGAGCUCUGCGCUCAUCCACUCUGCUGGUGGUGUUCCCCUUCUCCUCCUUUGUGUGUCUCUUUCUUCCGCCCCGUCCUCCCCCACAGCCGCUCCACCCAAAGACACCUGUCCUAAACUGGAGUGCGCUCAGUCGGCUGCUCGCGCUCUCCUCUACCUCUCCGAUACGCCCUCCAACCGCCUGUCGCUGCUCACCCAAGGCACCUUAUCUGCUCUUGCCCCUCUCGUCGCUCCAGAAUAUCCCCUGGGGCUGAGGCGCGCCGCGCUCAGGACCCUCCACGAGCUGACCCGGGGUUGUGGCGUCGAAUGCGCCAGGGAGGUGUCCCGUUCUGGCGUCCUCGCUCAGCUCAGCGCCAUGGCGUCGGGGGAGAGUGGUAAACCUUUCGAGGAGCUGGCGCUGAAAACCCUGGCCAACGUGUGCACCCAAGGCUGCCUGCGCCCUCUCGUGGGGUCGCUGGGGGUCAUUCCGAAGUUCACAGAGGAGAUCAAGAGGGACCCACUAAAGUCUGGAGUCUUCCUCAAGGCUCUGUGCUUGUGCUGCAAGGAGGCGGUCAACCGGGCCAAGGUGAAGGAGAGUGGCGGAUUGGAGGUGCUAAUUGGCUUUUUGGCUGCACAUCACAGCCAUCCCCUUUCCAGACUCGCCAUCCUGGCCUGUGUAGACUUUGUUUUUGACGAAUCUGCUAUGGAGCAGUUGCAAGAGCUCGGGCUGGUCCCUCUGCUUGUUGCACGACUGGUCGAGCUCACCAGAGGAGAGGAACAAUCUGCGGAGAAGAUGGACGUGAGCCUCUCCUCCAGCAUGUCUCCCACUGAGCUCCUGCCCUCCUCGUGUUUUGACUCCUUCGACUUUCCUGCUCCCGAGGGCUGCAAGAAGGAGGAAGCCGGUAGGGAGCAAGGUCUAUGUUCAUCGAGCUUUUUAAGUCUCAGGUCCUGGUUGGUGUCUGAGGGAUUGAUCUCUUCAGAAGGAGACCUGCUGGAUUCCUCUGGUGUUGAAGGGGAAUGGGGAAGUCUUCAGAUGCCACCGUCUUCAUCCCCUCAGACCUCCUCUCCGAAUCCGGAUUCCCUUUCCUCUCUUAAAAACUCUUCUCCCUCCAGCUCGACGGCCUCUUCCACUUCUAAAAAAGCCGCUCAGCCUCCCGCUGUGUCCUCUUCGGUCCAGUCACCCUCACUGAAAAUCAUCGAUCCGCCUCCCUCUAGCCCUCAACCUUCCAGUGUACUCACACCCCAAACCCAGCCCUCUUCCUCCACUAUCUCCUCUCCCACUAAAACCACCCAAACACCAGUCUCUCCAUCAAAGUUCUCAUCCCCUCACAGAAGGAGGCAGCGUGUUCAUUCAGCAGCUUGUUUGACUAAGGUCACUCUUGAAACUCCUCCGUCUUUGCCCCGCCCGAUGGCUUACCACCACCCAUACCACCCUGAACCUUGGACGCCCGAGUCGCCCAUCCUGCUGCUGCUGUCGCGCUUCUCCCACGCCACCGACCCAAGCACUGCUCUGGUCAGCUCAGGCAUCAUGUCCGGCUUGCUCUACUACCUCACCCAGCACCAGGACCCCAGCAGCAGGUGCCUCCGUAUGCUGUGCCGACUCAGCUGCAACCCAAACUGUUUGCAGGCGCUGGUCAGAACCGGCUCGGUCGCGCUGAUUCGUCACCAUCUGUGCCAGAGUCGGGGAGAAUAUGAGGCACAGGAGAGGCAGACGGACCGAGUGAAAGCCAAAGUUAAACAACUUGGCCUGGCUCUUCUCAAUAAUCUGCGAGUCCAGUGUGAGUCUGGAUUUGGCUCUGGGGUUCUGGCCCAUGUGAUGCUGUCAGGGUCUGAGUCUGACAAGAUGAACUGUGCGCUGUCUCUGCCAUUGAUCAGCAGCAACAAGUCUCUGUUGAAGAAGCUUCUUCUGGACAACGGUGGACUACUCCUGGCUCUGCAGCCCCUCGGUUGCGAUGACGAUGACGUGGAUGAAGACAACCCCACCGAAUGUAGAAAGUUGCUGUCUGACUGGUUUAAUUCACCGCAUGUAGGCCUGACUUCUCAGCUCCACUCGCUGUACUUCUCCCUCCUGACUGGAUGCCUGUCCACCCUGAUGGGUGGCCUCAAAAUGGAGCUACACAAAAAACAUCUCAGUCUAAAUACCACACAGUCAGUCAGCAAACCUGACAGCGUUUCACCUCCUCCUUCGAAGAAGCCUCGCAUGACUGACAUCUGUCCUUAUGGAGUCUCGAACUUUGACCUCCUCUUGCUGCUGGACGACGGGACUCAGAUUUCAGCCAACAGGGAGGCUGUGGCCGGGGCGGAGGGGACAGAUGGGGCCAGCUCUGAAUACUUUUGGGCUCUGUUGAAAGGCGGAUUUGGAGAAGCUCAGGGUAAUGCAGAAGAAGCCAUCCGCAUUAAAGAUGUCAGCACAGGUAUGCUGCUACCAGUUCUUCACUACCUGCAUGGAUGUCGCCUCACCAAGGUUACAGAAAAGACAAGAGAAGGUGAUGAAGGAAGUAGGAGAGGACAGUGUCAGAUUUUGGACACACUGGUCCGUGAAGGACUGGGCAUCUGCCAAACACAGACAAAGGAUCACUCGGAGGGAAACUUGGCUUUCCAGAAAACAACUUUAGGCGAAGUGAUGAUUGGAGCGUGCAGAUUCCUGGUGACUGAGCUGCAGAGAGAGUUGGAGGAUCUAUGUGUGUCUCUUCUCCUGUCCUGCUCCACAAAGGCCGCUCGUCGAGCUGCAUCAGCUCCCACAGAGGACAACGCCGAAAAGGCCGCAUCUAAGAUGGACCAAGAAGGCCUCGGGUUUGCAGAGGACAACCUGGCCAAUCGAACGUCUGAGCUAGAAUUGACUGGUUGUGAAGCGCAAACGGAGCAUUUACCAGGACAGACGAGGAAACCGAACGGUUCCCCACACCAGACAGACUGUAAUAAAACCUCCUCUGCUGGAACAGGUCUGAAGGCCAGCAGGGGGCUCGGUACAACAACAGACCACAAGUGUGUCAAGAGUGUCACUCCAGUUUCCAAAUCAAGCUGUGCGUCAGUGCGGGACAAAUCAUUGGAUCCACAAGAGUUGAAGCUCAGACCAAAGAACUUGAUGAAAAGUUCAGCACAGCUUCUGAAACCAGCAGCUCGGGACUCCGUUUCUUCCUCAGAAGCCAAUUCAGGAGGUGGGGCCCUGGCUGCUCUCCUCCCCCAGGUGUACUGGUUUUCCCAGAGGUACAGCUACCCAGCACUGGGUCGCACCUGCCUGUCUUUGCUGCUGGGCUGUCAGGACUGCCCUCGGCCCUUCUCGUCCUCCUCCCUCGUCGGGGAUUGCUUUCGCCGACUUGCCAGAGAGGCCGACUGUACAGAGACUCUGAAACAGGAUCUGCUAAGUCUGGCCACAGAAGCUCUGAGCUGAGCAAGGAGGGAACUAUUGAGUGACGUUGGCAUGAAUAUAGAAGGCACAUCUUAAGUUGCCAUCGUAUUAAUUUUAUGUUCAGGUUACGACAGCCACACUAUUAUCUAAAAAAAACAUGCUGUAUGAAUUUCUUCAGCACUAACAGGACCGACUGUUGAUCUAUUUUCGUAAACUGGAAGCAGAAAUUUCUAUUUAGUUUUGAUGUAAUCUGAUAUAAACUGUAGCCCGUCCCAGCAUGACAUAAUUGUAUCAUAAUUUACUGUUGUUGGAUUCAUUUCUAAUGACAUUUGUAUUGUGGAUUUUUUUUUUUCUCCCUCUUUUUUUUUUUUUAAUGUGGUAAACAAAUAAGCAAAUGUCUGCAAUGCAUUUCAUGAAUGUCAUUUAGCUGGAAGUACUGGAAUUAUCAGGGUUGGUUUAGGAGCCAGUUGUUUAUUUGUACAUAGAGAUAAUAUUGAUUAGCAGAUAUACAGUGUAUAGAUUCCAACUGUCCCAUAUUAAUUUAUGCCACUGAAUAUAUUGUUGGAAUAUCACUUUUGCUUUUGUUUUUCUCUUGUUGGAGUGUGGAUAUAGAAAAUGGCCACAAUUUUUUCUUCUGAAAGACCAAAACCAACAAUGUUUUGGUCCAUCUCAAUACUUUCCAACUUCGCAAUCUUGUUUCAAGCCCAUUGAUUCCUUAAAAUAGGUCAUGAAUAUAUAAUUAGAUUUAAGAAAAAGGCUAAAUAUUACAGCUGGGCACUGUAGUUUUUAGCAAACAUUAUUCAAACAGGAAUAAAUAGUGCAUUUGUUGGGGAUUAUUUUCAGCAGUGGAUUAAUACACGUUUGGUGCUCUAGUGAGUAUGUGGGCCAGCAGGAUGGAUAAAAUAAACAGUGAGUAUGUUCAUGGAAACGAAGGAACUGUGGCGUCACGGACGGUACUUGGUAGUAGAUCAAUUCACUGUUGGUUUUGGUCUUUUCAUGAAAUUGUUUGGCAGCAAGAAAAAUACAGAAUAUAUUACCAGCCUGCUUUUAAUCUUUAAAGGCUCGUAUUUAGGCCGGAUUUAAACCAGCCUGUCUUUGGCGGCCCCUAGUGGUAGUGUAUAGACACCAUAAGAGAGAGCAGCCCAUUCUGCUGUGACACUUAAAAUAGAACAUUUUUUUUUCUAUACGUCUUGAGGGUUGAUUAAAUUGAGCACUACUCUGAAUUAAACAAAAGACAUGGCACUCAUUGUAA